AUAACAAAGCCGCUAAUCUUACACAGGGCUUCUCUGAAAUGAACGUGGAGCUGCCUGGAGAAUUCAGCAAUGUAGAAAAUGAAUCCAAGAAGAUGGCAAUCUACAAAAUGGAUGGGCCACACAGAGGAUUUUGUCUUGUCAUUAAUAAUGUUAAGUUUGGUAGAUCUCUUCUGGAAAGGAAGGGUUCUCACAAAGAUGCCGAGGAAUUGGAGCGAGUAUUCACAUGGCUUGGUCUGGAUGUGAGGACUUACACAGAUCUGACAUCUCAGCAGAUUAAAGAUCUCAUGCGAACUUGGCAGCAUGUGCAAGAUCACAAAGACAGGGACUGUUUUAUAUGUUGUAUUCUAUCUCAUGGAGAGUCAGGAGCAAUCUAUGGCAAAGAUGAGGAACUUGUAUCAAUCCGCAUGAUCAUGUCCCACUUCACUGCUGAACAAUGUCCACAGCUGGCUGAAAAACCCAAACUCUUCUUUAUCCAAGCAUGCCAGGGUAAAGAGAUACAGCGUCCUGUCUAUGUUGAAGCUGAUGCACGAAUUCCUGACUUACCUUCCAUGCAACAGAGCAUUUCUCCUUCUGAAAGUAUUCCUGCAGAGGCUGAUUUCCUCCUAGGCAUGGCCACAAUUGAUGGAUGUGUGUCUUUCCGGCACAUUCAACAGGGUGCUUGGUAUAUUCAGGCCCUGUGCAGCAAGCUACAGUUGUUGGUACCAAGGGGUGAAGAUAUUUUAUCAAUUCUUACAGAAGUUAAUGACGAUGUGGGCAGACGUGUUGACCGCUGGGGGACAAAGAAACAGAUGCCUCAACCAGCAUAUACCUUAAGAAGAAAAUUUAUAUUCCCAAUACCCAGAGACCCUCCUCCUUCACAGCAACAUUGA